AAAAAAUCCAAAUAAAAAGAGAACCUAACCGCAGCCAGAAAUUGCAGAAGGAUUCAGAAGCAGAGAAAACCAAAGAGUACGGUGAAGAAGCAGAGAGGAUUCUGAAUCCUCAUACGCUCAUAUAUAUUACCGGCUUCUCCUUUUAAUCGUUAAAGCGGUGCCGUUUUAAUUUUGAAGACGGAAGACCAAGCUCAAAACCAAAUGGAAGCACACAGCUCUCAGUAUGGGCAAGUUAUUGAAAUCAGUGGAGAUCUUCCUGAUGUAGGAAGAGGAAGUAAGAUUUGUGGGGAAGCACCAUGUGGUUUCGCAGAUGCUGGAUCCAUCUCUAAGGAUUCUGAAGAACGAUCAACUUCCAUGCGAAAGCUUUUGAUUGCAGUGGCCCUUUGUGUUAUUUUCAUGACCGUUGAAUUAGUUGGUGGCAUCAAAGCUAACAGUCUUGCAAUAUUGACUGAUGCAGCACAUUUGCUUUCAGAUGUUGCAGCCUUUGCCAUCUCCUUAUUUUCUUUAUGGGCUGCAGGAUGGGAAGCUACUCCCCGCCAGUCAUAUGGAUUUUUUAGAAUAGAGAUUCUUGGUGCUUUGGUUUCUAUCCAAUUAAUAUGGUUGCUUGCUGGGAUUCUGGUGUAUGAAGCCAUUGAUAGGAUCGUUGCUGGUCCUCGAGAGGUGGAUGGUUUUUUAAUGUUUCUGGUUGCUGCAUUUGGUCUUGCGGUUAACAUCAUCAUGGCUGUGUUAUUGGGUCAUGAUCACGGCCAUGGACAUGGCCACGGCCAUGGACAUGAUCAUGGCCAUGGAUUUUCAGUGUCUACCCAUCAUGAUCAUCAUCAUGAUGUAAAGCAUACAAAAGAUGAGCACCAUCACACUCAUGAUGAUCACACACACCAUGACGAAAAGCAUCCAAAAGAUGCACACCAUCAUUCCCAUGAAGAUCACGUGCACCAUCAUGCCCCUGAGGUUACUGAACCACUUCUAGGUGAAUCAAAAGAUGGAUCUGAGAAGAAGAGAAAAUGGAACAUAAAUGUGCAGGGGGCUUAUCUCCAUGUACUUGGGGACUCUAUCCAGAGUGUUGGGGUGAUGAUCGGGGGAGGAAUCAUAUGGUGGAAGCCUGAAUUGCAAAUAGUUGAUUUAAUUUGCACUCUAAUCUUUUCAGUAAUUGUUUUGGGAACGACUAUCAAUAUGCUGCGAAACAUAUUGGAAGUCCUGAUGGAGAGCACACCACGUGAGAUAGAUGCUGCCAAGCUUGAAAGGGGGCUAUUGGAGAUGGAAGAAGUGUUGGCUGUUCAUGAGCUGCACAUAUGGGCCAUUACAGUGGGGAAGAUAUUGCUAGCUUGUCAUGUUAAAAUCAGACCUGAAGCAGAUGCAGACAUGGUGCUCAACAAGGUUAUAGAUUACAUUGAAAGGGUUCAUAACAUCAGUCAUGUAACCAUACAGAUUGAGCGCUGAGUUUUUAUUUUUUUAGCUAGUCAUGAUUUUGAUGAGAAGGAUUUAGCUACGACUUUAACGCAUUAUGUGCAUUAUGUUCUGGAACUGAACUUUCUCUAUGACGAUAAAUAAUGCUUGCAUAUACUCUUCUUUCUUGCA